AAACGCUCGAAUAAUUGUUUACAAAAAUGGACUAGAAUGUAUAUGUCUAACUUGGGAAAGAAGAGUGUAAAGAGGCUAGUUCAAGGAGGGCUUAUCCCAACUCUUUCAACUAUGGACGAAGAUUUUUCCGAUUUAAGUGACGAAGAGGAUGAGGAAUCAUCUUGUCGCAAUGCUAGAAAGCUAGCUCGGAAGAUAUUCAAGAAAGUCGCUAAGGGAUCUGAGUGUAUUAGACUGGAGGAUUUGAAAUGCUUUGUGGCACAAGAAAAAGCUUUGAAGAGCAUUGAUCUAUUUGAAGGAAGAGAAGAAGAAGCACGUAUCGAUCAACAAUAUUUCAUCGAUUGGAUGGUUGAGGCAUUCAAGGAAAGGAGAUAUAUUCUAUGUUCUCUAAAUGAUGCAAAAACAGCAGUGGAGGAACUUCAUCGUUUGAUGAACGUACUUGUGUCCUUGCUCAUUUUGAUCCUCUGGCUUUUCCUUUUUGAGAUUCAAAUAAGUCAUCUUCUCGUGCUUGUAAGCUCCCAGCUGCUCGUGAUGGGAUUCAUCUUCGGAAACACCUGCAGGACAGUAUUUGAGGCAAUCAUAUUUCUGUUUAUAAUGCACCCAUUCGACGUGGGUGAUCGUUGUGAAGUAGAUGGAGUGCAGAUGGUUGUAGAGGAGGUGAAUAUUCUAACAACUGUAUUUGAGAGAUAUGACUUCCAAAAGGUUACAUACCCUAACUACAUUUUAGCUACUAAGGCCAUUGGUAAUUAUAACCGCAGUGGUGAUAUGGCAGAUCAAAUUGAGUUCUCUAUUCACAUUUCUACUCCCUGGGACAAGAUUAUCACUAUGAAGGAAAACAUAAAGAGGUAUAUAGAAAGUCAUGGUAAGUAUUGGUACUCAAAGCCAGUAAUAUUUGUGAAGGAUGUACAAGAUAUGAACAGAUUAGUAAUGACAGUUUGGCCGCGGCACAAAAUGAACCAUCAAGACAUGAUGGCGAGAUGGAUUAGAAGAUCCUCAUUGAUCGAUGAAAUGAUCAAUAUUUUCCGGGAGCUAAAUAUCGAAUACAGGAUGCUGCCUCUUGAAGUUAACGUCCGAAACUUGCCUGGAACAACAUCAGAUAGGCUUGUUUCAAAUUGGAAUACUUGUUCUGCACCAUAUUACAAAGCUUAAAUGUCCCUAUGGUGCCAUUAACAGACACUCCAGCAAUUGUACGAGGCACUGUUUAAAGCAUGAAUGUUUUCACAGGCAAGAAAGAUGAGAAGUAGCGGUAAUUCCAGUUAUUGAAUAAGAGAGAUCUGGAUGCAUCUGAUCAUUCAUGAAUUCAUAAACAUGCUUAUUAGUGGCUCUAUUUCUCUGUAAUAGUGAAAAUAAUAAUUGCUAAAGAAGCAUUAGUCGAAUAAUCUGCAGAAAAUGCUACACCUUUUGUGAAUAUGAAUCCACAUUGUAGAGCAAAAUUUGCAUGUUGAUUAGCAUUCAAAUGUGAUUCCUGCACCAGUUCAAUUAAAGGUAUCUUUUGCUGCAA